UCUUCCAGCACAACUUAAUCGUUCCGUGUGUUGUGUUCUCUUUCCACAUUCCUUGAUAUUGACUCGAUUGCAUCAAGUUAACUGUUUGAAAAUUUAAAAAAGAAAGCAGCGCGGGAAUGUCGUCGUCCACCAGUUCACCGAUUUCGCCAUCCAGUUGGAUUCAGCAACAGUCACCGGUUGUUGUAGGUCCGUCGACAAACAAACGAGCCGCCGUCGAGCCGCUCAAUUUGUGGCCGUCGACGUCCACCUGGGCCGCCUACAACUCGGCGCUGGCCUCCCUGUCGCUCGGCCAACUUAACGGCGAGUCUUCCGCCGGAGUCAAAUACCCGUCACGCUGCUCGCCGCUCACGCCCACCACUCCGACGUAUUCGCCGUCGUUCUCUCCGCAAUCGUCGGCCAUCAACGGCUUCGGAAUUCAUCCGCUUCUUCAACCGGAUUCGCCGCACUCAGUGACCGACACUUGUCCUGAUUUCUCCACGGCUUUCCCGCUGGACUUUUGCACGACAAACACUGGCGAUCGGUCGUCGACUUCAUCCAACAGUAACAACAACACCAAACGCCAACUCCAGCACCAGCAGCAGCAGCCGGAAGCCCUUGCCAACAGUCAAAAGCGGAGUAAAUCGUUCACCAUCGACGCCAUCCUCGGCCUGGAAGAAUUCGCCGCUUCCUGUUUCGAAUCGGCCGACUCUGUGAAAUUCUUUUCAUCACAAGAACAUCGUCGAAGCGAAUCACCAGGUUGCCAACAAGCGCAUCUGUCGGAUUCACCGGAACUGUCCCCGCCCUCGUCGCUGAUGACGAUGCCAUGCGCGUCGUCGUCGUCCCUAAUAUCGGCGCCAUCGUCGUCGUCUUCUCCGCGUGCCAAGCGGGUGCGGACCAUCUUCAGUGCCGAGCAAUUAGAGCGAUUGGAGGCCGAGUUCGCCCGCCAGCAGUACAUGGUCGGUCCGGAGAGAUUGGUAUUGGCCGCCAGUCUCCGCCUGUCCGAAUCACAAGUCAAAGUCUGGUUCCAGAACCGACGCAUUAAGUGGCGCAAGCAGCAUCUCGAGUCGCAGCAAAUGAGACUCGUCACUUGGCGCCAGUUCGACGACAAAUCCCAAUUAUCAGCCCAAGAGCAACUGGUACAACAGCAUCAUCACAUGAGAGCGGCCAAUAACGGAGUCGACGACGACCAUUCCGAAUCAUUUCCCGAUUGAAAAUGCUGGAUGCAAAUCAUUCGUUCAUUUUUUUGUUUGUUUGUUUUCGUUCUGUUUCGUCGUCUUGUUAUACAUUUGAUGUAGAUGUUAUCGAAUUCCAUUUUCACCUGUACAUAUAUCUUCACCCGAGUUGAUUCUCGAAAGAGAGCCAAAGUCUAACGUAAUAAAAUCCUAU